AUGUAUAACUGCGGCACCGGAGCCGAGCGUCAGCGAAAAGAACCGAUGCAGCAGACGACACGGAAAAUGGCAUGUUCAGCGAAUAGCGGCCCGAUGCUAGUAGCCUGUGUGGUCUAUUGUGACAGUACCAUCAGAAAUAUGAUGAAUCCAGAAAAGAGAUACACAUGUUCAGAGUGUGGAAAAAGCUAUAGCUAUAACAAGACUCUGAGGAAACAUGUAUCACAGGUACAUCCAGGAAAGUUAAAUGAUAUCGCUCUACAAUUAAAAGUGCAAAAGUUUUACAAAUAUUUGUGUAGUUUAUGUGGCAAACAGUUCAACCAUGAGCGCAAUGUAAUGUGUGACGAAAGAAAGGAGCAUGGAUUGGAAACUAGUUUUAUGAAAGUGAAAUGCACAUUGUGCGAUAUUUCAGUUCUUUCGAAGAAAAACUGUUGUGAUCACUUGUCAAUGAGACAUGGGGAAUGA